AUGCGUUUCCAGCAUUUGACCACGGCUCUGGCUGUGGGUGUCUCUGCCCAUCUUGCUCAAGCAGCUGGCCUGCAUGACGCUGCCGUCGCAAAGGGACUGCUCUACUUCGGUACCGCAACCGAUAACCCCGAGCUCACCAACACCUCCUAUGUCACCCAGCUGAACAACACGGGUGACUUUGGUCAGAUCACUCCUGGAAACUCGCAGAAGUGGGACUCAACCGAGCCGUCUCAGAAUGAAUUCUCCUUCACCAACGGCGACGUCAUUGCCGAUCUGGCCGACGCCAAUGAUCAGAAGCUGAGAUGCCAUAACUUGGUCUGGCACCAGCAGCUGCCUAACUGGGUUUCGAGCGGGUCCUGGACCAACGAAACCCUAACUGCCGUUCUGCAGAACCACAUCACAAAUGUUGUGAAGCACUACAAGGGACGAUGUUACGCAUGGGAUGUAGUGAACGAGGCCCUGGCCGACGACGGCUCCUACCGCGACUCCAUCUGGUACAAAACCAUCGGCGAGGCGUACAUUCCCAUCGCCUUCGCAGCUGCCGCUGCCGCCGACCCAGACGUGAAGCUGUACUACAACGACUACAGCAUCGAGUGGGGCGGUGCCAAGUCCACCGCCGCCCAGAACAUCGUCAAGCUAAUCCAGUCCUACGGCGGUAAGAUCGACGGUGUCGGUCUGCAGGCCCAUUUCACCGUCGGCCAAACCCCCGCCCGCAAGGACCUCGCCAGCAACCUGAAGGCUUUCACCGACCUCGGCGUAGAGGUCGCCUACACCGAGGUUGACGUGCGUAUGGAGACCCCAGCGACGGACGCCAACCUGCAGCAGCAGAGCACCGAAUUCUCCAACAUCGUCGGUGCUUGUCUCGAUACCGAGGGCUGUGUCGGUGUUACCAUUUGGGACUGGACCGACAAGUACUCCUGGGUGCCCAGCACGUUCCCAGGCUACGGCGCUGCCUGCCCCUGGGACGAGAACUUUGAGAAGAAGCCCGCUUACCAGGGCAUUUUGGAGGUUUUGGGAGGGUGGAUUGCCUUGCGUUUGUUAUUUGUCUGA